UUUAAUGUUUUUAAAAAAUUUCAGUUAACCAGUAUACCGAAACGGAAAAAGAAUUGUAUUUGAUAAAUAAGACGUAUGAGUAUUUUUAAAGGUACCGAGCUCGACUUCAAUUUAUAUUUGAUUAUUAAGAAUUGCGUACAACGUAACCGAACCGAUUAAUUGUUAUUUAGGUUUCAAUUUUUUUUAAAAAUUAGGUUAACCGGUGAACCGAACCGGAAAAAUGAUCAUAUUUCGCUGAAUAAGACAUAGGAGUAUCUUUGAGGGUAUUUCCGAAAGAGUAAAAAAAAAAGGAUUGAAAUGAAAAUAAAUUUACACAUUUAAGUCUAGAUUAAGAAUUAUUUUUAAAAGAGAUAUAGUUUGAGAAUAAGUUUAAAAAAGAAGUCUAUUUAGGGGAAAAACUCCAACCACUCACAUAAAGAAAAGAAUGAAAGGAGAGGUAGACGUUCAUUCGCUCUCUGUAGAACAAAUGAGAGUAGAUACAAGCAUAAAAGUGGCAAAACUAAAGAGAAACUGCACGAACGUGCAAAUAUAUCAGCAAUGUCGGGGAGGGAAUGUGGAGCUGGUGAAGAAUGUCGAGGAGCCCCAUUGCUGCUAUCUGUCGGAUCCUAACUAUGAGAAAAAGGCUGUGGAGUUGAAGGACAAGUUUGCUUCUUUCAUCAGGCAAUAGAUUAGUCUAGCAGGUCGUAAGUUUAUCGGUCGUACUCGUAAUGCCGAAUCUUGAUGAGAGCAGAGCACGAGGAUCAUGGUAGCUGCAGGGAGUGGAUCUUCGGUCACUUUUAACGAGUUCAUGUCAUUUCAAUACAAUAUAUUUGAGUAUGCCGUUCGUAAUAUAUGUUGGGUAUCGAUAUUCUACUGCAAACACAACGUGCUAUUUCAAUAAGCAGCGACUAAAGUUGUGAUUCAUGGUAAUAGAUGUUUGACUUGAUAUCGAUGUGAGGAAGAUGAAUGGAGUAGGUCAAAUCCUAAUAUUGCCUUCUUCCGAUAAUUUCAUGAGAAAUGAUCAAUGUUCGAGAAAAAAUUCAAUGGUUGAUGCUCAGUCAUAUAAGGCGAAUAAUAAUGCCCAGAAGGCACUAAUAACUUAAAGCGAGCAACUUCACAUACAAAGUACAAACUCAACCGAAAUGACGUCAAAACAAAAAUAUUAAACAUGGAGGACCAAAGUGAGAUAAUAGUAAAGUAAAAGGGUAAAAUUGAAAUCAACAAAACUGAGUAUGGUAGGUCCGGUCAGUAACUCCGAUUCAGUUCACUCCCUCCUCUGUUUUCGGACACUGCUUAUCCGCUGCUUCGGCCGAGUCGUCAAUGGGGUCUCUCUGCCGCCCACUCUCUCACUUCCUCGUACGACACAGCCCCAUUCCCCAGCCGUUGCUCCGAAUCCCCGCGUUUGGCCCCGGCCUUCGGCCCCGCGCAUUCUCCGGCGGCGCCGAUAUUGCCCAUGAGUUCCGCUUCUUCCGUGUCUACAAGGACGGCCGCAUCGAGAGGUCCCACCAGCCCAACCGCAAGAUCCCACCUUCUACCGACCCCUCCACCGGCGUCCAGUCCAAGGACGUCGUCAUAUCCUCCGAACCCCCCAUCUCCGCCCGGGUCUUCCUUCCUCGGAUCCGUGACCCUGCACGGAAACUUCCCGUCCUGUUCUACGUCCAUGGCGGCGGCUUCUGCUUCGAGUCCGCCUUCUCCCCUGACAUCCACAACUACGUCAGCACCGUCACCGCGGAGGCCGAGGCGUUGGCAAUCUCCGUCGAGUACAGGCUGGCGCUGGAGCAACCCAUCCCCGCCUGCUACGACGACUCGUGGGCUGCACUUCAGUGGGCAACCUCCCACGCCGACGGCUCCGGGCCCGACCGGUGGCUAAACUGCCAUGCCGAUUUUGACCGCUUGUUUCUAGCUGGGGACAGUGCUGGGGGUAAUAUAGUUCAUGAUCUUGCAGUCCGGGUUGGGUCUGGCGGGUUAGAGGGCAGGCCGGCUGAGGUGGCGGGAAUGGUGAUGGUGCACCCGUACUUUGGGGGAACCGAGGACGACGCAAUGUGGCUUUAUAUGUGCCCGGAGAACGGUGGGUUGGAGGACCGGAGGCUGAGGCCGGGUCCAGGGGAGCUGCAGAGGAUCGGGUGUCGGCGAGUUUUGGUGUUCGUGGCAGAGAAGGACCAUCUGAGGGAGGUGGGGGCAAGGUAUGUGGAGGAGCUGAGGAAGAGCGGAUGGGGAGGGAGCGUGGAGUUGUUGGAAAAUGAAGGGGAAGAGCAUUGCUUCCAUAUUAGUGACCUCAAGUGUGAUAAAGCUGUUGGUCUGAUAAGAAAGUUUGCGUCUUUCAUCAAGGCAAAUUGAAUUGCAAACGGCGUCGAGUUUAUCCGAGGAUGUGAAGUGAAUCGGGAAUCCCUGUGAUUGAGAUUAGGAGCACCUAAGGGGAUGCAGCGGAGUUUCUUGAAAAAAACAGAUUGGAGAUAUGGAUUUGUGUGUGGAUCCAGUCGGGGCACUGUCAAAAAGCCGGAAUUUUGGCUGUUGUUGCCAACAUGAUCGGCACAUAUAGUUAGUAAGAAUCAAUUUGUAUGUCUAUUGAUGCAAGCAGCUUCAGCAGACAUCUGCCGUCUUUUUGCCGAUGUGAGAACCAAGUAAUUUCCGGCCUCUGGAUCUCUUUCGAGAUUAAUGCUGCGUUUGAUUUGUAAGGAACAUUUUAAAAUCAGAUUUGAUUUUGAAAAAGGGUGGUAUAAAUGGUUAUGUAUAAGGUCCACCCUUU